AUGAGCGCUGACGGCGUGCCAGUACGCGAGGCGUCCUGGCGCUUGCUGUGCCGCCGCCCUCAGAUCUUCGCCUGCGACUCCUUCCUCACGCCGGAGGAGUGUUUGGCCAUCCGCCGCCUCGCAGAGGUCAACAUCCCGGUGCAGUGCUCAUCCAAGAUGCGGGUCGACCUGGAGAUCACUCCAGGCGGCGGCGACCACGCAGUGCUGCGAGCCAUUGAGCGCCGCAUAGAAGCGCUGUCCGGCCUCAAGGCGCACCCGGGCGAAAUGCCCUGGGCAGUACACUUCACCCCGGGCGCAGAGGAGGAGCCGGAGAAGCGAGUAAACCUUGGCUUGCACCUGGACACGAACAAUACCAGAGAGAAGCGCUGGUUGACGUUCAUCAUUUACCUGCAGACCACGCCAGCUCACCAGGGCGGGCAUACGCUCUUUCCCUUGGCACAGACCAAGGGCUCCAAGGUUACGCACCUGGGGGACACCUUGCUUGCCGCCAACCUGCAGCAUACCGGUCCGGCCCUGAACAGUCACCUCCAGGAGGCGGCUGAACAGCUGUUGGCGCGAGGGGAAGUUCUGGCGCAGAAAGCGCUGGUGGAGGAGAGUGCCAGGCCCGGGCUUGCUGUGGCGCCCCGUGAGGGCCUGUGCGUCGCCUUCUGGACGCGGCUUCCUGGCAGCGGAGCGGUGGACUGUGCCUCCUGGCAUGGCGGCGCUGCCGUGACUGGGGAGGGUGGCAAAUGGACGCUGCAGAAGUUUCGGGAGGCGCCCCCGGAAGCGCUGAAGGAUUGCUGCGUGGAGGCUGGUGGAUCACGCACACCAUCACCAGGCCUUUGCACGAGACCACGGGCGCCUGCGCCUGCCUUGCUGCGCGGGCGGCGUGCUCUUUCUCGAUGA